AUGGCGUGGAAUACAUCAUCCUCAGUUUUUUUGCUUCUUCUUCUCGUGCCUUCAACUGUCGCAGCCAUUUUCACAAACAAAACAGGUUGUGGCACAACGAAAGCAUGCUUGUUUAAGCCGAAUGGAUGUGAUCCAAACCUGGAUUGCACGACUGGAGUAAUAUUCUAUGUGAUAGGACCUAACAAGCUCCGGGUAGAGAUGGUUGCUGCAGCUUUAAUACCAUCUGUACAACAGCAAUAUGUAGCUAUGGCUUUCUCUCACGACACUGUAAUGGGAUCUGAUGCUGUGACGGAAUGCACAAUGAGUGACAUGGGUCCUUUGGCCGGCUAUGAACCUGAAAUUUUUGUUUCAUUCAACAAAGGCAAGAGUAAUGAUCGCAUUUUCCUAAACAAGGAUGAGCAAAACGUUUUGUUCAGUGAUAUCUCAAGCGAAGUUGCUGAUGGACGACUUGUAUGUCAUUUCACUCAGCAAAUCAUUCCUCAAAUUGAUGAUAAAAAUGGAAUGAUUUGGCCAUUGAACAGAGAUUAUUAUAUUAUGGCUGCCACCGGAAGCGCUCAACCGGAUGAAGUAAAUGCUCAUGAUAUGAACAAGGGGUCGCACUUUUACCCAAUAACAUCGUCACAUAGAAUUAAUCCAGCUAAGCUAACAGAUCAGGAGUUUGAGCUUCCCAAGGCACAUGAACCUCCAAAAACCUCUGUGGCACCUCCUACGGUGACAUCUCAACGUCCAAGGCCUACAACAUCUUCAAGUGGAUCUGUCUCACUUAUUCUUUCUAUCCUAUCGAUUUCUUUGGUUCAAAUUUUAAAUAAUUGA